GUUGACAAACAAAGGACAUUUACUAAAGCCAGGUGAACACAGCCGGGUCAGCUGCUGCAUGCGAGUCCCAUCCAGGAGAAGCCCAAACUUGACAGCGGAGGGUAAUAUUCUGGGAAGCGAAUGAAGAAACACCUUUUGCUUCUCUUCACAUAUAGAGGACUAGUGAGAAAAGGGAAAAAGAGUAAAAGAAGAAAAUGGCCAAUUUUAAUUUGCGUAAAGCGGAACCCAAAGACGUGCCUGACAUAUUGCGACUCAUAAAGGAACUCGCUAAGUAUGAAGAAAUGGAAGACCAAGUUAUAUUAACUGAGAAAGAUCUGCUCGAAGACGGAUUUGGAAACCACCCAUUUUACCACUGUGUGGUCGCAGACGUGCCAGCCGAGCAUCAGAAAGUCGAGGGUUAUUCUGUGAUUGGAUUUGCCAUGUACUACUUCACCUAUGACCCUUGGAUUGGCAAAUUGCUGUACCUUGAAGAUUUUUAUGUAAUGAAAGAGUACAGAGGUUUUGGAAUUGGGUCUGAAAUCUUGAAAACCCUCAGUGAUACAGCGGUGAAGAAUCGGUGCAGCAGCAUGCAUUUCAUCGUGGCUGAGUCCAACAAGGCAUCCAUCGACUUUUACAAGCGACGCGGGGCUUCCGACCUCUCGCUGCAGGAGGGAUGGCGACUUUUCAGGAUCGAUAAGGAGAAUCUCCUGAAAAUGUCUGCCGAAGAGUGAGCUGGCCCGAUGUUCCAGUGUUCAAAGAGGAACUAGGGAUGGACACAACCAUUUCUCAGUUUAAAUAAUACUUUAAUGCUUACACAAAAUACUUUUAAAUACUCUGUGGGUAUUCAUAUUAAUACACAGCAAUUUACUCUGAGAUGAAGUUACAGUAGUGCUUGUAUUCAUCCUUCUAUUUCAAUCAUAUUCUGUAGUUUGUAUGUCAGAUUAGCUUAUCAAUAGUCUUUUAUUUGUAUCCAAUUUAAUGCAUUAAAAGUCUCAAACAGAAAAAG